CCGGUGUGUCACAGAAAAUCAUACUGUACUUUCAAACGUAUUAUUUAUCCCCAAUUAAUUCCUCGUGAAGUGUCAAAUGUUUUCCCUAUCCAAUUAGCUGAGGCACCGAGUAAAAAUUGACUUACUACUCCUUCGCUUGACAUUUCGAAAUGUUUGUUUGUACUCAAUGCAUUUCUCUUUUUUUAGUCCUUGUGAGAUUGUCUGGGGCGGUAUUUUUACCACCGCGAAUGCUGCAGGAUCUCUCGAGACGCGCAAACGACACAAUGGAGAAAUACGAUAGGACAGAGGCGGCUAUAUCGAUGUCUAGUACAAAGUUGAAGCAUGGCUCACCUUCAUGGUACCUCGGGGCAUCACACGAGAUGUCUGAGGCAGCUCAUAAUUUAUCGAGGCACGCACUCAGGAGUGAGACAAUGGCAAUUAUACUUGUUGAGGCAUUACACAUGUCCCCCAGGGAUGCUGUAUCACUGCUACCAGCAAUGACCUUGACCCCCAGUAUCUGUCAUGACACGGGGAAUGUGUUUGCAAGGACUGCGAGUGAAUGUAAAGGAGUGAAUUUGAAGUACAGGACGCACUCGGGCAAGUGUAAUAAUCCGGUGCAUCCUAAUUGGGGGGCGGGGCUUGAGGCCUACGGCAGGGCGCUGCCUCCUGAGUAUCAGGAUGGGGUUUCUUUGCCGAAAACAAUGUUUCCGAGCGCCAGACAGGUGUCAACGACUGUUCACUCCGGGGGUCACGACGCGAGGCAUCCGUUCUUGAUGGCUAUGACUCCACUUUUCGGGCAAUUUGUCGCUCACGACUUGGCGCACACGCCCAAGAUCGAGUUGAACGGGGGAGAGAGGCUCAAAUGUUGCGAGGUGGAGUUCGAGUAUUUUCAUCCCGAGUGCUUUCCCAUCAGGGCUGACGCUCCCGUCGGGUGCAUGGAGUAUGCCAGGUCUGCUAUUCAUCCUGGGAAUGGGCAGGGAUGUAAACUAGGCCCUAGACAGCAAAUGAACCAAGCAACAUCCUACUUGGAUUUAUCCCCAAUCUACGGAAGCUCGGAGGAGACAGCCAGGAGUCUCCGCUCCGGGAAGGGCGGCCUUUUGAACACCCAACGGAGGAAUCUGCCGAUGCCCUCGAAGAACUCCGAGAACUGCAGGAGUGACAGCAAAGCUCUGCCCUGCUUCUACAGCGGGGACUCUCGGAUCAACGAGCACCCUGGAAUAGCUCUCAUGCACAUACUAUUUCUGAGGGAGCACAACAGAGUCGCUGAGCAAUUAUCAGAAUUAAACCCUCACUGGGAUGACGAGAAACUUUAUCAAGAAGCGAGGAGAAUCGUUAUCGCCGAGAUGCAGCACAUCACUUACAGUGAAUUUCUGCCGGCUAUUAUGGGCGAAAGCAAUCUCGAGAGGUUCAAUUUACGACCGAUGAAAUUGGGUUACUUCACGAAAUACGAUUCGAGAGUCGAUGGUACUGUCGGCAAUGCCGCGGCGUCUGCUGGGCUAUUCUUUAUAGCAGCCCUCACACCUAAAACUCUCGACCUCGUUGACUCGAGCACGGCUGCCAAAUCGGGUGAAAGAUCACUGUAUUCGGCUUUCUAUGCGCCCCAAGAGCUGUACGAGGCUGGGGCCAUCGAUCGGCUCAUUGCUGGAGCCACUGCUGGCCACUCGAGGAAGCCCUAUCCCCCCAGUCUAAACGAAAUAUUUCUCGAGAGGUACUUCCACGACGGUAAAACCGCUGACACAGCAGUGGAUUACGUUGCCCAAGUAAUUCAAGAAGGCAGAGAUCACGGCCUACCUUCCUACACUGGCUGGAGGGCAUUCUGCCAACUGCCAGAGGUGAAAACCUUCAGAGAUCUCGAGGGCACAAUGUCGAAGGAAACAAUCGACAGAUUACAACGUGUCUACAGAAAUGUGGAGGAUGUAGACCUUGUGACUGGCGCCCUGUCUGAGGUCGCGGCUGAGGAUGCUGUGAUGGGGCCGACCUUUUUGUGUUUACUGGGACACACUUUCAGAAAUGCUCGCCUUGGCGACAGGUAUUGGUAUGAGAACGGAAAGACACCGGGUGCUUUUGCUGUGGGACAGCUCAGCGAAAUACGGAAGAGCAGUAUGGCGAAAAUUCUUUGUGAUAAUGGGGAUAGACUCAAGAAGGUUCAACCCAGGGCUUUUCUACUCAAGGAUCCCUUUUUGUGA